AUGGCAAAGCUUUUUGUUGUGGUAGGAGCUACUGGUGGUCAAGGAGGAUCAGUUAUCAAGUCCUUCUUAGGAAAUCCUGAAUGGAAGUUGCGUGGCUUGACGCGCAAUCCGAAAAGUGAGCGAGCGAGAGCUCUGGCUGCUCAAGGGGUUGAAAUGGUUGCUGCGAAUCUCAGUGACGAAAAGUCCGUUGAAGCAGCUUUUGAUGGAGCGGCCGCCAUCUUUGCAGUCACGAACUUUCUGGAAACCUUCCCGGCCAAUACCUCCGAACAGUGCAUGGAAGUCGAAAUGAAUCAGGCCAUCAACAUGGCGAAAGCGGCAGCUAAGGUGUCCACGCUGGAGCACUAUAUUUGGAGCACACUGCCAAACUCAGAGGCAAUUUCGGGUAAAGACUGGUUCAUUCCUCAUUUUUGUGGAAAAGGCAGAGUGGAUGCCUACAUCAAGAAGGAACUGCCGUCGCUCUACAGAAAAACAACUUUGUUGCUAAUCCCUUUGUAUGGCGACAAUUUCCAGUAUCCUGUGGUGACGCCUCAUCUGAUUAAAUCCACCGGGAAAUAUGCGCACCUGGUUCCUUGGAACCCAGACACGCCUAUCACACUCAUCGGCUCGCAUAAAGACAACACUGGCGUUCUCGCCAAAGCCAUCAUUGCACGUGGUCCGCGCCAGCUGGGAGGCAAGUAUGUCUUAGGAGAUGUCGAGACCAUGACAGCAGAAGGCAUGCUGGAGGUAUGGAGCAAAGCCACCAACAAAGAGUCAGCAUUUGUGCAAAUCAGCUUGGAUGACUAUGAGAAGCUUUGGCCUCGCUUCGGUACUGAGAUGGCAUUGAUGUACCUGUGGUGGAUGCAUGCUGGCGGGAACCCAUGGGUACCGAAUGGUGAAGAACUCCUGAGGGUCAAAGACCUGGGCCUCAGUGAAAAGGAUUUUGUCUUGACAAAAGACGCCAUAUUGUACCAUAACUGGGACGAACUGUGUUGA